AUGGCAAGCCGCCAUUCUAUCGCCGUAGUAUUGCUUGCGUUGCUUGCUGCGCACACCGUGGACGCUGCCGCGCGCCUCGUCCCCAGCGCUGCCGCCGCUGUCGCCGCGGAGUUGCCCGCCGCCACACCCGCCCCCGCCGCCGCGGCGGCCGCCGCCGCACCCGCGGCGCCCGCGAUCGAGGUCCGCCACUCGGUGCACCCCGAGGCGCUCCCCAGCAUGGGCAGCAAGGAGCUCCGCCGCCACUUCCUCGUGGACCGCCUCUUCGCGCCCGGGGAGGUCGCGCUGACAUACACACACGAAGACCGCAUGAUCGUCGGCGGCGCCACGCCGCUGCCCGGCGCCCCCCUGGCGCUCCCCAGCGACCGCGCCAUCGCCAAGUCCAUCGGCCGCCCCACCUUCCUCGCGUCCCGCGAGCUCGCGGCGAUCAACGUCGGCGGCCCCGGCCGCGUCGUCGCCGACGGCGCCGCAUUCGACCUCGCGCCGCUCGACGCGCUGUACGUCCCGAUGGGAACUUCCGCCGUGAAGUUUGAGAGCGCUGACAAGGACCGGCCCGCGAAGUUCUACCUGCUCUCCUGCCCGGCGCACAAGCAGCACGCGGCGGCGAAGAUAUCUCCGAGGAACGCGACCAAGGUCGUGACUGCCGGCGCGGGGGAUACGGCCAACAACCGCACGCUGUAUCACCUCGUGGCCCCUGGCGGCAUCGACUCAGACCAGAUCACCUUCGGCGUCACCUUCCUCGCCGAUGGUAGCGUCUGGAACACGAUGCCGGCCCACCUGCACGACCGCCGCAGCGAGAUCUACAUGUACUUCAACAUGGCGCCCGACACCCGCGUGGUGCACCUGAUGGGCGAGCCCGAUGAGACCCGCCACAUCUUGGUGGCGAACGAGCAGGCGGUGGUGUCCCCCUCCUGGUCCAUCCACUCUGGCGCCGGCACCGCCGCGUACUCGUUUGUGUGGGCGAUGUGUGGCGAGAACCGUCUCAUGCCCGACAUUGAGCCCGUGGCAAUGGCCACCCUGCAGUAG